AAUGACAGUAUGUCUGAUUAUUUUGGUAAAAUGUCAAAUUGACAAAAUUGAUUCGUAUUUUCGUAUCACCAAUUCGCCAAAAAAUAAUAAUAUAUUACGAAACAAUGGAAAAUUUCACAAAAACAUAGUAAAAAAAUAUCCAGCAAUCAAAUGGCGACUAAAAGUAUAGCAAGUGCGACCGUCCGGGCCGUGAAGAGGCGGGUGCUGCCCUCGAGGGCAGCUCUUGUGUUAACACCAACUGCAGUUAGUAAGAUCAAGGAGCUCAUGACUAAAAAAGAGGCUGAGGGAUUCAUUGGACUGAAAGUUGGUGUACGGCAAAGAGGUUGUAAUGGCCUUUCAUACACCUUGGAUUAUGCAAAGGGAAAAGAUAAGCUUGAUGAAGAAGUCAAACAAGAUGGUGUUACUAUAAUUAUUGACAAAAAGGCGCAAUUAACAUUACUAGGUACUGAAAUGGACUUUGUUGAGAACAAACUAUCUGCUGAGUUUGUGUUCAAUAAUCCAAACAUAAAAGGGACAUGCGGCUGUGGAGAAUCUUUUAGUAUAUAAUUUAAUUACUUCACCAUGUUAUAGUGAAAUAUCUCAUCUAUGAAUUUCCUGUAGUAUGUGCUUUACUGAUACUGUUGCAAUGUAUAAUUAUUUCUAUGGAAAAUAAUUUAUAUUUUGCAAGGAAUGAUAUGUAUAGCCUUAAUUCAAGUUAAUAAAUAGUCAAAAAGUUUAAACUUCUCAAUACCACUAUGGUGUUUUAAAUACAAAUAUGGUACCUAGUACACUUAUUAGAUUUCUUUUGAUUUAAAAUCCUGUGUUCAUAGAUUAUAUUAUGUGUAAAUAGAUCAAAUAUGAAUUGUAAUUCAUGUUAGUGUAGAUAUCAUUAAUAAAAAUUAGCUUAAAAAGCUUAAA